UUAUUUUUCAUAAUAUUUUUUCUACGAUUCAAAAAAAAUUGAAAUGUUUAAUGUCAAAAAAGGCAAAGAAGGAACAAAAGGUCAAAAAUUAAUAAUACAGGAAAAUAAAUCAACCUUAAACUUUUAUUUAAUCAUAAUUGCCAUUGCUUCACUAAUUCAUGUUGCAUCUCAGUUACUAUUUGGUCUCCACUCAAAUAAAAUUUUAAGUCUUAUAUCAUUAUUGUUAAAUGGUGCAUGCUAUUGGUUGCUAAAAACUCAAGCAGGAGAAACUUUUGGAAAUGUAGAUUUGAAUACAAAUUCAGGAUUAUCGGAAAAUGUCAAAGAUGCUAUAAUAUUGACAUCAAUUACUCAAAUUUUAGCCCUAAUAUCAAGAUGGUUUUGGCUCCUUUUAUUAUUAAUUCCUAUCAGAGCAUUCUAUCUGUUAUGGACUUACAUAUUGCAACCUUGGUUUUUUGCUCAACCUGUAAAUGAUUCUGAAGCAAAUGAAAAAAAGCAGAAAAAACUGGAUAGAAAAAUGCGGAAAUUUAAAUGAUACUUAAUCAUUAUAAAUUAUGUUUCGAAUUAUAUAAUUGUUUAUAUAUUUGUUUCGGUAAUAUGAAAAUAUAAAUAUUUAUUAUUAGAAAAAUAUAUUUA